CGUCGCCGCAAUGCCACUGAAUGGUCACGUGACACAUGUAUGUGCAAAAUGGCGCUUAUUUGUUCGAUUUCAAAUGAAGUUCCAGAGAACCCAGUCAUUUCUCCUGUGUCAGGAAGCAUAUUUGAGAGACGUUUGAUAGAGAAGUAUGUAGCAGACAAUGGCACAGACCCAGUGAAUGGCGAAGCAUUGGACAAAUCUAUGCUGAUUGACGUCAAAGCCCCACCUCUUGUGAAGCCUCGUCCACCGUCGGCCACUAGCAUUCCAGCAAUUCUCAAAAUCCUGCAGGAUGAAUGGGAUGCCGUGAUGCUGCACAGCUUCACACUGAGGCAGCAGCUGCAGACGGCGCGUCAGGAGCUUUCUCACGCCCUAUACCAGCACGAUGCUGCGUGCCGCGUCAUCGCCAGACUGACGAAGGAAGUGACGGCCGCCCGAGAAGCGCUGGCUACGCUCAAGCCGCAGGCCGGCAUCACCGCCGGGGCGACCGCUAACAUACCACAUCCCCAAUACGCGGCGGAAGCGUUCGACCGCGCUGAUCAGCCACGUGAGGGCGCCGGCAUGACGGAGGAGGUGAUUAGGAAGCUGCAGGACAAAGCUACGGUGCUGACUGCUGAGCGUAAGAAGAGAGGCAAGGUGGUUCCCGAGGACCUCGUGAAGGCUGAUGACAUCAGGGCUUAUAAGCAGAUUGCGUCACAUCCGGGACUUCAUAGCGCUAGUGUGCCUGGCAUCCUGGCGUUAGACCUCCAUGCUGCAGAUACAUCCAAAGUCAUAACAGGUGGAAAUGACAAGAAUGCUGUCGUCUUUAAUAAAGAAACCGAGCAAGUGGUUGCCAUAUUGAAAGGCCACACCAAGAAGGUCACCAGUGUUAUAUAUCACCCUGAGGAGGAGAUUGCAUUCACGGCCAGCCCCGACACAACAAUCAAGGUCUGGACGGUCGGCAGUGCGAACUGUGUGCAGACGAUUCGUGCGCACGACGCCGCGGUGACGGGCAUCAGUCUCCACGCCACAGGCGACUACCUGCUCAGCUGCUCGACGGACGAGCACUGGGCCUUCUCUGAUAUUCGCACCGGACGUGUUUUGUGCAAGGUUGCUGAUGGCAGUGCCCCUCAUGCUCUGACAUGCGCUCAGUUUCAUCCUGAUGGUUUGAUCUUUGGCACGGGAACGGCUGACUCUAUGAUCAAGAUCUGGGAUCUGAAGGAACGAACCAAUGUUGCCAACUUUCCGGGGCAUUCUGGACCCAUCACCGCUAUCUCGUUCUCUGAGAACGGAUACUACCUGGCGACGUCGGCGGACGAUUCUGUCGUCAAGCUGUGGGAUCUGCGCAAGCUGAAGAACUUCAAGACAAUCACGCUGGAUGAGAACGCAGAGGUGAAGAGCCUCUGCUUCGACCAGAGCGGCACCUAUCUGGCCGUGGCCGGCACCGAUGUGAGGGUGUACCUGUGUAAGCAGUGGCAGGAGCUGGCAGUGUUCGGCGAACACACGCAGCUGGUGACGGGUGUGAGGUUCGCGCACAACGCCCGUUUCAUCGCCACCACCUCCAUGGACAGGUCUCUCAAGUUCUUCAGCACCUAACCACUCACCGUGAGAGCCGACAGAAGUGCAUCAGGGCUGCACCCGUGGGCAGCCAGCUCAGAGAUGAUGACCAGACACUUCGCUACAGGCUACACCUUGUUUAUCCUGCCCUCAAGUUACUUAUAAUAGUUCCCCAGAAUCACGGCAUGUAUGUGGUGCCUUGUCAUGGUUGUAGGGCGAUGUCUCUGCAACUAGUGCUGUAUUGUGGGUUAUUGUCCCAGUAUCUAGCUAUAGAGUAUGGUUACCUUACAUAUAGUAUUGUAAUCUGGCUCACGUGUCCCAGCAACUAGCACUGAAAAAUUGGUCAGUAUUUUUGCACCUAUGCAUGUACUACGGUUGGGUGUUUUGGCAUCUAGCAAGAGGUUACAGUUUAGUGUCCUGGCAUCAGGCCACAAUAUAUUUCACUUUGUCUUUUAUCUUGGCCCAUUUGGUGAAAUUUUCGUGUUUGAUCAUGAUGCCACAGAUCAUGGUAAUGCUGUGAAAUAAUUAGUAACAGUUCCGAAUUGUCAGGCCACUCACUGAUGUAGUGAGUAUAGUGUGAAGUACAUUAAUUAUUUUUCUGUUCUUCUAUGAGAUGAUAAGGACGAAUAACUUUACCACUGAGUAGCACGCGUGUGAGAGGGGGCUGGGUUCUGCAUGGCUGUUGUGGGAAAGCAUUUAACAGGCACACAGCAGCCACUUGACCUCGUGCGAAAAAUCACUGUAACUGUACGUUAGAGUAGUCCCAUGUACAGCUGUCUAUACUCUAGGUAGAUGUAGCAGCUUAUUUUUUCAUCGUAUCUCAUGUACACUGAACGCAAAUAAGGAAAUUGCUAGCUCUUGGAACAUUGGGAACGCGUGCCCUGUUGCUGUAACAGUACUUUUCAUCAGUGGGUUCUAAUAUAUGAAAAUAAUAAAAAAAUGAAAAUUUUAA